GUGCUUUGUUUGCCAUCGCUGUCAAGAGCGCCGAAGAAGUUCUUGCGACUCGUCCCUCAAGCCAUCCUCAAGCCCUUCAACUCGUCCAUACUAAAAAAUGCCUCCCAAGAAAGUCAAGGCACCCAAGGAAGAAGCCACCGUCUCGCUGGGACCUCAGGUCGCUGAGGGCGAGCUCGUUUUCGGUGUUGCACACAUCUUCGCCUCUUUCAACGAUACUUUUGUCCAUGUUACGGAUUUGUCGGGGAAGGAAACCAUCUCUCGUGUUACCGGUGGUAUGAAGGUCAAGGCUGACCGUGAUGAGUCUUCCCCCUACGCGGCCAUGUUGGCGGCCCAAGAUGUCGCUGCACGGUGCCGUGAGGUCGGAUUCACUGCUCUUCACAUCAAGCUCCGUGCGACUGGCGGAACUGGCACCAAGACCCCUGGUCCUGGUGCACAGAGCGCUCUCCGUGCUUUGGCCCGUGCCGGAAUGAAGAUUGGGCGUAUUGAGGAUGGUGGUCGCCGUGGUCGUCGUCUCUGAUUGCCUUUGGGCCUUUCGUUGGGUACUACACCUAUCAAAAUGAGCUGGUUGUUAUGAUUGUAUGUAGAUGCUCAAUUCAUAUGUCGCCGUUCGACGCGCAUCAGGUUUUCUUUGACCUGCCCCGCGGUCGUCACCUCAUACUGUGAUGUUUAUCGAAAAACUUAAGACUGAAAUUGACUGAAAAAAAGAGCCAUUAAUUAUCUCCAUGUUUUUAUUUGAGUGUCCCUGUGGCUUGGUGACACGUAUGUCAAGA